AUGCCCCGCCCGCGAUUUGUUGCUCAUUUGAUCGAGGCUCCACCGCUCAAUCACUGUCAGCUCAGUCUAUACCGCUCUUCGCCGCAGACAAAUAGCUAUGUUACACAUUUCCUCUGCCUCGGGGGCAAUGGCUGCUCGAGGAAGAAGAUGCCUGAGGAUGCUAAGCAGUUGGCCUUAAAAGGCCCGGUAUCCAAGGGGGCUCAAAAAGUCCCGGUAUCCAAGGGGGAUCAAAAAACUGUUGUGCCUUGGCCCCUCCACCCGCCGCUUCAAAAGCACCGAGUUUUCUAA